AAAUUACACUUAAAAUGAAUACAAUUAUACCAAUAACAUUGGUAGAUAUAAAUAUACCAUUAUCUGAUGAUAUAAAUUCUGAAGUACAUAUUGAUAAUAUUGAAAUUAUUAAUAAUGUACAACAAUCAGUUGGAAAAGGUAUUGAAAAAUAUGAAAUAUUAUAUAAUACAUUAGAACAAAUAACCUUGGAAUUGAGAAUGCUAAAAGACAAAGGUUUAAAAGAUAAUCAAGCAAAUAGUAAAUAUUUUUGUCCCUGGUGUGAAAUAUCAAAAGAACAACAAGGUGAUUUUUCAUAUGAAUGGAAAAUUAGCAAAUCUAUGGAACAAAUUAAACAAGAUUAUAUAUCUUAUCGAGGACAUAUUCGACCAGCAAUAUUUAAUAUGAUUCCAUUACACAAUUGGAUUCCUGAUGAGUUUCAUGUUAUGUUACGUAUUACAGAUGUUCUUUGGCGAUUAGUAAUUAAUGAACUUAAAUCAAGAAAUACAUGGGGUGAUCAAGCUAGAAAUGUAAUAAUUGAUGAAAUGAAACAUGCACGUACAUGGCUACAUCAAUUUUUGAAUCCUAAUUAUCCUAACUCUAUUCCCAGUAAUCAUUUUUAUCAAGCUGGUGAUAUAACACCAUAUAUGCAUGUAUUAGUUUAUCAUAUUCCAGAAAUGAUGAGUAUUCAUUAUCAUUUUGGUUUAGCAGCAUUUUCUUGUUCAGCUGUAGAAAAAAAAAAUCAUCAACAAGUUUCCCAUUUUUUUAAAAAGACAACAAAAGAUGGUGGUGUGGGAAAAGAAAGAAAAUCUGCAAUUUUGGAUAUUCUUGAAUAUGAAAAUAGACAAUUAUACUUUAGUAAUAAUAAUGAGUUAGAUUCAGUGCAUGUAUCAAAACUUUCCUCAGAUUUUGAGUUUAACGAUAAUAGUACAGAGGAGGUACGCGCGACACUGUUCGGAAUAACUUCUUUUUCUGAAAAGACGGUGAAUUUUAAUCCAAAUGAAGAUAUCGAUAAUAAUAUUUUGCCAGUUCCAGAAAUGUUAUCUGAACCAGUGGAUGUUAUAAUGGAAUCCUUACCGGAUUUUUCUACAUUUAAAUUACCAAUGAAAAGCGAAAAAUCAUCAAAUGAAGAUAAUAAGACUUAUAAAACUCAUAGUACAGAUUCAAAUUCGACAUCUGAAAAAAGUCAAGAUUUAAUAUCGAACGUUUCACCUUCAAUUUGGGAAACUGUAUUAGUUGAUUAUAAUAAUGAUGUGCGUCAAAUGAUUUCUUGGGAGUCAAUAGGAAAAUCUAAUUUUAAUGUAAAUGGGACUUCACCAUAUUUAACCGAGGCAAAUAUAUCAACUUAUGAAGCUGUGUGGCAGAAUCAUUUUUAUCAUGAAUUUUCUUUCGGUAGUACGGGAAUUGCGAUACAUCAAGAAAUUUUGGUUCAGGAUAUUUUAUUCUUGGUUUUAGGAACUCCUUCAAAAUUAUUUUCAUAUGAUCCAGUAAAACGAAUUUUUCAUCCGAACGUUCCAAAUAUUCGCAUACAAGAAACUGUCGCGGAAAGUUGCACAAAGUCUGCUCAUUUAUAUGGGUUGACUGGGGUCGCAUUUGGUCGUUCUCUCGCUUCAUUCGUUUCUUUUAUGCGAAAAUCUAUAUCGGCAGUGUCCGAAAAACUAAAUGGAGCCGAUAAUAUUAAAAUCGUUCGAUUAUAUCACACCAUGGAUGAAUCCUCAUUAAUAGUUGAAAGGAUUGCGACGUUUUGUUGUUGUGAUGUGGCAGAUUCAAGGCAUUCAAUGUUGUCAAUUGAUCAAAAAGAGCAAAAAGAACAAGAGGGAUUUUAUUUACCUUUUGGAUCAGGAAUAUUAUCAGAAAUUUACUCAACCGCCAAAUCAAUUGAUGCAGCUCGUUCCCCUCUCCACAAAUCUAUUCUAUUAGCCUUCCUAAAACAAUCAAGUGAACCAUUAUUUCAUAUGUUAAAUUCAUGGCUCGGAGUAGCUUCCUCAUCUACACUUGCCUUAUUACCUAUUGAUACACCAAAAGGUGAAUUUUAUGAUCCAUAUGAAGAAUUUUUUAUCGCCAAUUUUGAGAUAGAUACAUCUUUCAUAAAACACGAUGGUGAUGGAUUUUGGCAACAUAAGAUAAAAGUCGACGAAAAAAAUGUCUUACCUAUUUUUAUUUCUCCUGAACUUGCACGAGAUGUUCUUGAAGCUGGAAAAUCUUUAAGAUUGUUACGAGAUUGUAGGCCAAAUCAUCCUUUAUUCGAUUCAAGCACCAUAUUAGAUAAGAUUACUGGUAAACUAAAAUGGGGCAUAAAUUUGAAAUGGCUCUUCAUUCAGGGAGAUAUUGAUGAAAUGCAAGAUCAACUUCAAAAUUAUUUUCGCGAAAUGAUUAUUGCUAUUGUUACUCAAGGUGAACGUCGUAAAUCGGAAAUUUCAAAUGUUACCAUUGUCGCUGAUCCCAAUUUAGAUGAAGAUUCUACUACGGUUUUGAUAGAGAGAUUAUUACAAGUCCAAUCUUCAACAUCUUCAUAUGCGCACAAAGAUUAUAUUCUUCCAUUAGUAGCCAUCACCGAGCAAGUCGUCGCACGUACCAUCCUUUGUCAUUGCCGAUUAAUCAACGCAUCAAUGCUUUCGAACUUUUUCCACGAUCUUGGCCUUCGUGCUCAUUUAAACGUUCUAAGAGAUUUCAUGCUCAUGGGAAAUGGAAUAUUUGUUUCCGGAUUAUCUGAUACAUUAUUCAAUAGUGACAAUAUUAGCUAUGAUAAAAAUUUUUUCUCAUCGGGCAAUACUCACGUUAAUUUCGAAUGGAUAAUGGCUUUGAGCGCAGUAAUUGCAGAGGCUGUGUCAUCAGAAAAGAAAGAUUUUGAAAAAAACGAUUCUAAUCAAAUCAUUGAUUCUCGGGGCAAAGUGAAUGAUUUAGAUAAUAUACUUAUGUUUGGAAUUAGAAGUGAUGAUGAUCCCACCUUUGAAGAAACUAAUGAUCCAAAUUCGUUGGCCGCCUUGGAUUUUCUAUAUCUCGAAUAUAAACCACCUUACCCAAUAAAUGUAAUAAUAACGCCAACCAUACUCAAAAAAUAUAACGUUCUUUUCAAGUUUCUUUUACGUGUAUUACGAUUGAAAGUAAUAGUCCAACAAAUAUUUCGUCUUACACACGAACGAUACAAUUUUGGUGAUAAAGAGGAAUCUGCCGAAGAUCAUAAUCUUAUACAUAGAUUCCGAUUUGAAGCUCAGCAAUUUGUUUCUGCAAUAUAUGGAUACAUUUUCGAUAUAGCGAUUUUUUCUACAUGGAAACAUUUUAUGAAAAGACUUGACAAAAUUGCAAAGGAAUCUGAAUUCGAAUUACCAAGAGGACAUUUGGCAGGAGAGGGUAGUAGUGAUGCUACUAGUUAUUAUGAUGAUCAAUCACAAUCUGAUUCAUUUUCAAAUGUGAAAUCCGAAGAUUUAGACGAAGAAUUUAGUGAUGAUAUAGCAGUGGCACAAGUUAAAGAUUUAGCGUCAUUACUAGAAUAUCAUGAUUAUAUAUUAAAUCGAUUGUCAUGGCAAUGUCUACUUAAAAGAAAACAAUUGCCAUUGCAUAAAUUUCUUAAUGGAAUCUUUACGACCAUACUUGAUUUUGCACGCCUCUUAAAAUUACGACGGAGUUAUCAAUAUAAUUUAACGCAGAGGAAUGAUCAUUGGAAUAAGAUUAAAGUUUUGUAUUCAAAUUUUCGAAAAUAUUCAGCAGUAUUUCUGAAUUUACUUAUUGAGUUAGAAUCAAGUGGUAAUAAUAAAAUGGGUGUUCGUCGUAAAGAAAGCGGAUCACAAUUUCGUGAUAAGAUAGAAAAUCAAUUUAAUUUAGAAGGAUAUUUACAUCAUUUAGUAUUAAGAUUAGAUUUUAAUGGAUAUUAUUCACAAAUUUACAAUAGAGAAUUAAAUAAAAAAUCGAAAUCAUAA